GUGCACGAGGUCAUUGGUGACUCUCCCACCAACCACCCCACGACGCACAACAUUUCAAAGAUGAAGUACCUUAGCACAAGAGGCGGGGAGGAGAGGCUCUCUUUCGAGGAGGCUGUCCUUCGCGGUCUGGCCCCCAAUGGUGGUCUCUACAUUCCCUCUUCGAUGCCCUCGCUCCCGAUCAACUGGGCAAGCGAGUGGUCCAACCUCAGCUUCCCUCAGCUGUCGCACCGUAUCCUCUCCCUCUUCAUCCCAACUUCCAGCUCAGAAGGAGGCAUCCCCUCCUCUGACCUCGAGGCCAUCAUCAACCGUUCCUACUCGACCUUCCGUCAUCAGCAGACGACGCCCCUCGUACAAACCCGCGAUGGAGAGUACGUCCUCGAGCUGUGGCACGGCCCGACAUUUGCCUUCAAGGACGUUGCACUGCAGCUGCUGGGCAACCUCUUCGAGUACUUUCUCGCUCGCCGAAAUGCCGACCUGCCCGCUGACUCGGACCAGCGACAUCGCCUUACUGUUCUCGGAGCCACCUCUGGGGACACGGGAUCGGCGGCCAUUGCUGGGCUGAGGUCCAAGAAGGAUGUGGACAUCUUCAUCCUUCAUCCAAAGGGAAGAGUCAGCCCGAUUCAAGAGGCGCAGAUGACUACGGUGUUGGAUGAGAAUGUCCACAACUUGGCGGUGGAAGGCAGCUUCGAUGACUGCCAGGACAUCGUCAAAUCCCUCUUCUCGGAGCCAGACUUCAACGCUAAACACCGCCUAGGCGCCAUCAACUCGAUCAACUUUGCUCGCAUCCUCGCGCAGAUCGUCUACUACUUUUCAGCUUACUUCCAGCUCUGCAAGCAGCUCAACAUCGACCCUGCCUCCUCCAAUCCCGACGCGCAAUUUGUUGUCCCCACGGGCAACUUUGGAGAUGUCCUUGCCGGCUACUACGCCAAGCGCAUGGGUCUGCCGAUCAAGGGCGGCUUAGUGGUUGCGACGAAUGAGAACGACAUUCUGGAGCGAUUCUGGGCGUCAGGGAAGUACGAGAAGGCAUCCGGAUCUUCGGCCAAGGAGGUCGACGUGCCUCAAACUGCACCUGCUGCGGGGUCCUCAGAUGGUGCCCAGGUCCAGGCUCAGGCCCAAGUAGUGGGCGGCGUCAAACAGACCCUCUCGCCUGCAAUGGACAUUCUCGUCUCCUCCAACUUCGAGCGUCUCCUCUGGUAUAUCGCCUUCGAGACCUCAAGCAACGAUGCGACCGCAGCAGGCCAGCAGGUCAAUCAGUGGAUGGCUGAUCUGAAGAGCAAGGGAGUGAUGGAAGUCAGCAAGGAGCAGCUCGAGGUAGCAAAGCGAGACUUCUCUGCGAAGCGCGUCAGCGAUGGAGAGACAAGGGACACGAUCUUGCGAUACUUUGCGCCAGCUACCUCGUCUUCGAGCUCCAAGCCGGAGAAGUCCUACUUGCUCGACCCGCAUACUGCGGUUGGCAUGCAGGCUGCCAACUGGAUUCGCGAGGCUUCGGGCUCUCACAAGCAGAUCAUCCUCAGCACAGCCCACCCAGCCAAGUUCGCCGAGGCCGUCACCUCGUCCCUUGCCUCGUCGGCGGAUGUGGCAUUCAACUUUGAGCGGGACGUUCUCCCCGAUGAGAUGCGGGGUCUCCUGGAGAAGGAGAGGCGAGUGGAAGAUGUCAAGGUUGCUGAUGGGGAGGGGGACAGCGAUCUGCAGAGGUUGGUUAGGGCGACGGCCAAGGUGCUCGACAGGGAGGCGGAGCAUAGAGGUCUGGGAGCGGCGAAGCAGGGAAAGGGGACAGAGAGCGUGUAG